ACAAAUCGAUUGACAGUACCGUUCCCGACAGCGCCGCCGAUGGAGAACGAACGGGAUUUGUCGUCGUCGUUUCUACACCCAUUCAUUCAAGAACAAUCGGUCACCGCGAUCGGGUCGCCGCGUUUCGUUUGAUCCGGAAUGACUUCUUCUGAGUCCGUGUGGGGCGUGUUUAUAAAAUUCUUGUUUUUGUGGAAAAAUCCAGUUCCAGUUCAGCAAAUUCAGCGAAAUUAUGCAAACAUUUCCCAGUUAUAGGGAACAAUGACGACGGCUCGAAAUUUUCGAUUCCAUAUGUGUGCAAAUGUGCGGGCGUAAACUCAUUCGAAUCCACACCGAUAACGUUGUGUAAUAUGAAAUAAGUGAGUUGUUGGUUUCUUAUGGAGCACAAAGCUUGAAUGUUUUAAUUGAUUCAAACAAAGAAGUGCGGAGGUUCUCGAGACACACACUUUCAAAUGGAGGAGGAAACGAAGUUGAAUCAACAAUCGGAGGAGGUGGCACCGGUGGCGGCAGGUUCCAACGAGCAACCCGCCCAUCAGAUGGCCAGCGAUGGUAACAUCCUGGAUACGCCAAGCCCGGCAGGAAAACUGUACAAAUCAUUAGAAAACAUGGACGACUACGGCGAGUCUACGGGACUGCUGGAGCAACAGGUGGCUUCCGUACGGUUACCGAUCAUCGGUAUGACCUGCCAGUCGUGCGUCAAGAACAUCGAAGGCAACAUCGGCAGCAAGCCGGGCAUAAUCAAAAUUAGUGUAAUUCUAGCGGAAAAUGCCGGCUACAUAGACUACGACCCGGCCGUUACGGAUCCGGCUCAGAUUGCGGCCGACAUCGACGACAUGGGUUUCGAGUGCGUCUACACUAGCAACGACGACCGGAAGGGAACCACCAGCGACGUGUCGUUAGCUCGAAUAAGUAUAGAAGGCAUGACGUGCAAUUCGUGCGUUAGGAAUAUCGAGGGUAACAUCAAAGACAAACCGGGUAUCGUCUCGAUCAAGGUCCUACUCGAUCAGAAACUAGGAUUGGUAGAGUACGAUCCGAGGGUCACCAGUCCGGAGCAGAUUGCGGAACAAAUCGACGACAUGGGAUUCGAAGCGAAGGUAGCCGGUGAAGACAGCGGAACUCAAAAGACUGACAGCAAACGGGAGCCCCGUUCGGAGAAGAUAAUAUCUAUUGACGAUGUCCUCACGCCUUCGAACGGGAACGCCCUGCACGGUGGUAAGCAGGUCCAGCUAAAGGAUAGCUUCAAACGAUGCUUCCUGCACAUACAGGGAAUGACGUGUGCCAGUUGUGUUUCGGCAAUUGAGAAACACUGCAAGAAGAUCUACGGCGUGGAAUCGAUCCUGAUCGCACUACUAGCAGCCAAGGCGGAGGUCAAGUACGAUCCCACGUUAACCGGUCCGGUGGACAUUGCCAAAUCCAUAACGGACCUCGGUUUCCCGACGGAAGUCAUUGACGAGCCCGGGACGGGGGAAGCCGAGGUGGAAAUCGAGAUCCUGGGCAUGACGUGUGGUUCCUGCGUGAACAAGAUUGAACAAACUGCGUUGAAGAUCCCCGGGGUUCUGGAGGCUUCCGUGGUGUUGACCUUGAAGAGGGGUAAGUUCAAAUUCAACAACGAAAAGACUGGUGCCAGAACAAUAUGUGAAACGAUCCAGAGUUUGGGCUUCCAGGCCUCGGUUCUGUCCAACAAGGACAAAAUGGCGCACAGCUACCUGGAGCACAAGGAGGAAAUCCGAAAGUGGCGAAAUGCUUUCUUGAUUUCACUCGCUUUCGGAGGUCCCUGCAUGAUCGCCAUGAUAUAUUUCAUGGUGCUCAUGGAAACGCACAGCCACGAGGAGAUGUGUUGCGUAUUGCCGGGACUUUCCAUGGAGAAUCUGAUCAUGUUUGUCCUGUCGACACCGGUGCAGUUCUUCGGGGGAUGGCACUUCUACAUCCAGGCCUACCGGGCCGUCAAACAUGGAGCCAGCAACAUGGAUGUCCUGAUCACAAUGGCCACAACCGUGAGCUACAUCUACUCGAUCGGAGUGCUGAUCGCGGCGAUGGCCAUGGAAAUGAAGACAUCGCCGCUGACCUUCUUCGACACUCCACCGAUGUUGUUCAUCUUCAUCUCGCUGGGUCGAUGGCUGGAACACAUAGCCAAGGGGAAAACAUCCGAAGCCUUGUCGAAACUGCUAUCGCUCAAAGCCACGGAAGCGGUUCUGGUAACGCUGGGUGAGGAUUACGCGGUCCUGUCGGAGAAGGUAAUCUCUGUUGAUCUAGUGCAACGAGGGGAUAUUUUGAAGGUUGUUCCGGGAAGUAAGGUCCCGGUAGAUGGUAAAGUUCUGUGCGGGAAUUCUACAUGCGAUGAAAGCUUGAUCACCGGAGAAUCCAUGCCGGUUCCGAAGAAAAAGAACUCUGUAGUGAUCGGAGGUUCCAUCAAUCAGAACGGUCUGCUGUUGGUCACGGCUACGCACACCGGUGAGAACACUACUCUAGCGCAGAUAGUGAAACUGGUGGAGGAAGCUCAGACAUCCAAGGCUCCGAUUCAGCAGCUGGCGGACAAGAUCGCUGGAUACUUUGUUCCGUUUGUGGUGGCCGUUUCGGUGGUCACCCUGAUCGGUUGGGUAAUCAGCGGGUACGUAGAUAUUACCCACAUCCCGAUGUCGGACGCGGCCAAGGAAGGGUUGAACCGGGAGGAGAUCAUCUUCAGUUACGCCUUCCGGUGUGCUCUGAGCGUUCUGGCCAUCGCUUGCCCAUGUGCGUUGGGGUUGGCCACGCCGACCGCCGUGAUGGUAUCCACGGGUGUGGGUGCCCUUCAUGGAAUCCUCGUCAAAGGCGCCGGUCCGCUUGAGAACGCUCACAAAGUGAAGACCGUGGUGUUCGACAAGACCGGAACGAUCACCUACGGAAUGCCGAUGACCUCUCGGAUUUGCAUGUUCGUCAAGCCGCAUGUAUGUUCGUUGGCGCGAGCCCUCAGCAUCAUCGGAUCAGCGGAAGUCAACAGCGAGCAUCCGAUUGCCACAGCAGUCGUUAAGUUCGUAAAGGACGCUCUGGAGAUCGAUUCGUUCAGUAAGUGUUCCAACUUCAUGGCCGUUCCCGGAUGUGGAAUUCGGUGUGUAAUCUCCAAUAUCAACGGGCUUCUUAGCGAUGGCUUGCGGUCGGAGAAGAUGAAGAAUUAUCAAAACUCCUACAAAAACGAUGCCAAUUCGGUGAGCUUCAUCAACGGCGCUGUUGUGGAGGAGCUGAUACCAUCUCUGAGCCCAUCGCAGAAGAAUACCAUGGAACUCCAGCAGCUCCUGCAAUUGGAAACGAUCGAGGCGGACACCAGCGUGGAAGCGUUUUCCCGCGUCAACGAAUACAACGUCCUAAUAGGGAACCGAGAGUGGAUGAACCGGAACGCGGUCAUCGUCCCGCCGGAGAUUAACAUCAAAAUGACCGAGGAGGAGCAGAUGGGCAAUACGGCGAUCCUGUGCGCGAUCAACAACCAGCUGAUCUGUAUGGUGUCCGUAUCGGAUAUGGUCAAACCGGAAGCGCACCUGGCCGUUUACACCCUGAAAAAGAUGGGUAUCGAAGUGAUCCUGCUGACCGGCGACAACAAGAAUACUGCUGGGAAUAUUGCCCGCCAGGUCGGAAUCAAUCGGGUGUUUGCCGAGGUGCUGCCGUCGCACAAGGUGGCCAAAAUUCAGCGGAUACAGGAGAACCAGAUGCGGGUGGCCAUGGUCGGGGAUGGAGUGAAUGAUAGUCCGGCGCUGGCACAGGCCGAUGUAGGCAUUUCGAUCGCUUCCGGGACGGAUGUGGCUGCCGAGGCGGCCGAUGUUGUGCUUAUGAGGAACGACCUGCUAGAUGUGGUUGCCUGCCUGGAUCUAUCCCGCAAGACCGUUCGGAAGAUACAUCUCAACUUCCUGUUCGCCAGCAUGUACAAUCUUCUGGGAAUCCCACUCGCUGCAGGCAUUUUCACUCCGUUCGGGUUUAUACUGGAGCCCUGGAUGGCGUCGGCGGCGAUGGCCCUCAGCUCCGUGUCGGUGGUUUGCUCCUCGCUGAUGCUCAAACUGUACAAGAAACCCACCAAAGCGUCGCUCCAGACGCCCGAGUACAUUGCCCUGGUGGAAGCGGGCGCCCUGCUGGAUCCGGACACCGUGUCGGUGCACCGCGGCCUGGACGACAUUCCGCGGCCGAACUUUGGCCGCUCAACCAGCUCCACUCUAGCCAAAUUGUUCAUGCGCUCGCCGAAGGAUUCCAACGACGAUCGGCUGUUGGCCUCGAAUCAGAUGAUCGAUGACGAUGACUACAGCGUUGGCAUUGUCAAAUCCGUCAACAGUGGCAUUUACAGAGACGCAACCGAACUGCAGAAGCUGUAGAGUACGAUCCAGCUCUUCACCAAUGUGUGUUUCAGUGAAAAUGUGACCACCCGAAAUUAACUUUAAUAUUUUAUUAUACUGACGUGUUCAACAUUUUUUCGGUCGAGAUUCGACCGGGAAGUAGCCAUAGUGUUGAACUCGCUAAAGUUUGUUUUAUUCUCAUGGAAGCUAUUAUAAUUUCUUCCGCUAUUUCUUUUACAUUAAUCAGUGAUUUUGUGAUAUGUUUUGCAUUGUUAUCGUUUGUUUCGUCCAAGUUUUUUUUUAUCUAACAUAACUUAUAUAGUUUCAAACCUGUUCAUUCAUUGCGUUUGUAUUUCAACGUACUUAUCAAUCAAGCACAAAUCCAGCCAGUUGAAAAGUACCAUAUCCUCCUUGUUUAGGAGGACAACCCCUAUCUAUAGUGUAUGUAUAAAUGUGUACAUAGUUAGCGAAGGAGAAAGAGAAGAGCUUUAUGAAUAAAUGUUUGUAUUGAAAA